GAGAGGGCUAGAACACAGAAAAAGAGAAGAGAAAGCAAAUGGAAUCGUCAGGGCAAUGGCUGGAAAAAGCGUUACUGGAGCUAUGUAACAAGAUAGAGAAUGGCCUUGAUUUAGAUGCUGAGAUUAUUUCUGGGCUUGUUUCUUAUUGUGAGCUUGCUCCUCCUCUCGAGGCUAAAGAAUAUCUUGAUAAUAUCAUAGGUCAGGAUGCUGGAAAAAGUGUGACUGGUGAGUAUUUGAGACAGAGAGGUCAUUCAGAUUUAUACCAAGGUACCUCUGCUUCCAAAUUGCAAGCAUAUGUAAAGCCUCCUUCAGGUGAUAGUCUGGCAGCUGGAACUAAAAAACAAGUACGAGCACCAAAAGAAAGUAAAGCCUCAAGUAAGCAGGAAAGCCAGAGCACAGCUGAGACAUCAAAUGGACGAAACCUACAGAGAGGAAGUCAAGGGAACUCUACAAAAACAACUGCACCUCAAUCCCAAGCAAGUCAAAAAAACUCUAAAAAGAAAAAAUCUGAGAAAGUUAUUUCUCUUGCUGAGGCUGCAAAAGGUUCCAUCAUAUUUCAACAGGGGAAGCCAUGCUCGUGCCAAGCCCGCCGACACAGGCUGAUAAGCAACUGUUUAUCUUGUGGGAAGAUAGUCUGUGAACAGGAAGGUGAAGGGCCUUGCAACUUUUGUGGUGCACUUGUGCUGAAGGAGGGAAGCUCGUAUGCUGGAUUAGAUGAAGGUCCAGUUCCAAUUUCCGAUGCUGAGGAAGCAGCUGAAGCCUAUGCAAAGAGGCUAGUUGAUUAUGAUCGGAACUCUGCAGCACGUACGACUGUUAUCGAUGACCAAAGUGACUACUAUGAGAUUGAGGGAAACAGCUGGUUGUCGAAGGAGGAAAAGGAAAUUCUGAGGAAAAAGAAAGAGGAGAUAGAAGAGGCUGAACGUGCCAAACGAAAUAGAGUCGUAAUGACGUUUGACCUCGUCGGCCGCAAGGUUCUUUUAAAUAAAGACGAGGCCGCUGAAGAACUGCAGAAGGGAAUUCUCUUCAGACCAGCAGAGGAAAAGGAAGCAACCCGCAUUAAACCUAACCCAAACCUAAAGGUACAACCCGUCUUUGUGGAUCCAGGUCCCAGGAAAACUCCCAAGGAGAAGAAUAAUAAGAAAGGCCCGAGAAAUGGCUUGUGCUUGGAGAUUACUGGGAGAGUGCAACAUGAUACCAGUGAACACUCACGUUUGAUUGUAGAGGGCAAGCUACAUGGAUCUUCAAGUAGCAAAAUAGUGGCAUGAGCCAUCUAUUAAUAGGACAGUCGGAACUUCAGAUGACUCUGAGUGUACCUUUGAUUACUAUUGAGAAGUAUAUAGCUUGACCAAUUGAGUACUCUUCAUCCCCACACCUCCAAACAUGUCAUCUUUCUGGGGUAGGGCGCGGAGUGUAGAAAGUUACUCUUAUAAACUUGCUAUUUUAAGUCCUGAUUUAUCAAGAAAACAAUUCUCUGCAAAUAUUUGUUUGGAGUGGAAUGAACUUGGUUGUCAUCUGUGUUCAAUGUUCUCCAUCCUUCGCCCUGUAGGCGGACGCUCUGCAUGAACUGAGAAAAUGUGUGAUAGGUCACUCGAAAGCUUCCUUUGUACACAAGAAAAAUUGCAUCUUUUUAAUGACUUAUGGUUUUGUUGA